AAAAACAUCAAUCAUGUACAAUCCCUUGUAUUGUUGAAAACUAGAAAAUUGUGUUCCGUUAUUUAAUUAUACGCUGACUAGAUUUGACAAACGUCAUCAGAAGCGUCAACAUAAAACGAAUUACAGUUAGUAAUUCGAAUGGUAAAUACUGAUAUUAUGUAAUUGCAAAAGACUGGAAGAGCAUCAAUCCUGCUUUCCGGGGUCGGAACUGCACGGCGCUCCACCCCCGACUGUGGGCGCUUUUUGCGCACGCAAAGAGGCGCCGUUGCAAUGUAGGUCACCUCUCGCGUAACCUUUUACAAAAGCUACGCCGUCGAAGGAGCCUUUCGAGCCCAGGCUUAUCGUCGUUGUGUCAUCGUUGGUAGCAGCAGGUCGCCCAUUGCACCGUCCUCCACGUCUAUCAUCUUCCUCAUGGCCAUCAACACUUCUAACUACAAGCUCAGCCAAGCUGUCGCUGACCUCAAGUAUACAGAUAUCCUUCCCUUCAAGGAUGAUGGAUUUUCUGCAACCAAGGAGUUCCUGGAACGAAUUGUCGAUAUCUUACUGGACUAUAUACGGGCAGAGAACGACAGAAAUGAAAAGCUCCUUGAGUUUCAUCAUCCGGAAGAAAUGAAGAAAAUUCUAGACUUGAAAGUUCCUGAAAAGGGAUUAACCCUGCAGCAACUAGUUCAUGAUUGCGCUACUUCUUUAAAGUACCAAGUAAAGACAGUAAAGGCCGCAUGGGGAGGUGGACUGCUGCUAUCAAAGAAAUACAGGCAUCCAAGAUUAUCAGGAAUUGAAAGGGCGCACUCCGUAACAUGGAACCCCCACAAACUUAUGGGAGCCCUCCUCCAAUGUUCCACUAUUCACUUUAAGGAAGAUGGUCUACUUAUGAGCUGUAAUCAAAUGUCUGCAGAUUACUUAUUUAUGCAAGAUAAAUUGUAUGACGUCAAAUAUGAUACUGGCGACAAAGUCAUACAGUGUGGACGUCACAAUGAUAUCUUCAAACUUUGGUUACAAUGGAGAGCAAAGGGUGACGAAGGUUUCGAGCAACUUAUGGAUCAGUUAAUGGAGUUAACGGAGUAUUUGGUUAAACGAAUUAAAGAAAAUCCUGAUAAAUUUUAUUUGAUCAUGGAACCCGAAUGUGUAAAUGUUUGCUUUUGGUAUAUUCCCAAGCGCUUACGAAAAAUGCCCCAUUCUCCCGCCAGAGAGCAAGAACUUGGAAAGCUGACUCCGAUUCUGAAAGGAAGAAUGAUGCAGACAGGAACUCUAAUGGUGGGUUAUCAACCAGAUGACCUAAGACCAAACUAUUUCAGAAACAUCAUAUCUUCGGCAGCAGUACGAGAAAUAGACGUUGAUUUCCUUCUCGAAGAGAUGGAACGUUUAGGUCACGACCUCUAAUUUGUUUUUUCACGCGAUACGUUGUUGAAUGUUAUUGAAAGCGAAUGUAUGUUGUCCCUAUAGAUGUUGUUAUUUUAAAACGUUUACUAAAUCGUUAAAUCGUGCCAAAAGGUACAUACAAAUAUUUAAAAAAAAAUAAUACUAUCUAAUAUGUGUAAAAAAAUAUUUUAUGUGCGUUUUCCUAUAACCGAAACUACGAAAUUCUCCAUCAUAAAAAGUCUAGCAUUCUUUCUAUGUGAAAAUGAAAUUCGUUAAGCGGAAAAAGCAUAAUUACAGUUUUUCUAACAUUCUUGCCGCUGAAAUGAUUCCAUCUGAUAGUUAUUACCAUUUUCUUGUUUUUAAUUUGUUCUUUUCGACCUUAAAUAGUUAUUGGCAAUCCUAGCUUUAUAACUGGUUAUUGCUUUUUAUUUUGUUAUCCCUGUAGAUAUACUAAGUUGCAUAAAAAAUACAUUCUUUCGAUUUUCAUAAAACUAAAGGUAAAAUAGGUACUAGAAGUAUAAUUAAUACAGAACAUAUCAGAAAAUUUUAUAGGUACCUAUCUGUUAUUACUUUGAAAAACUUUAUACAAUAGGAAAUAAACUCCAAAUUAAUAUCGCAUGUUGAUCGUUAUAAAUAACUUAAUUCUAAUUGUUGUUUCAAAUAGAUAAUCUCUAGCAAAAUUAGGAAGGCAUAUUUUAAAAAAUUAUAUUUUUUUGUUGUAAUCUGCCAGUUCAGAUAAGUGAUAUUCUAAAUUAGUGUACCAACUGAGAGUAUAUAUGCCAUUCCUGGUAUAUAUUCGUUAAAGUUAUUUAAAGAAACAAUAUUGUUUUUAUUCAUCAUAAGUAGGCAAAUUAUUGUGUAAACAACAAAAAUCUAUAAACGUCAACUACGAAUAAAUAUAUGCAAAAGGUUCUUCUUAAAAUAUCUUCUCCGUUUUGAAAACUAAAAUGCAUUUUAAAAAGACAUCCUCAUUAAUUAUUUCAAAGAACAAAUAGUUUAAUGGUCAACAAAACUAACAAUGAAAAAUUAAAAAUUAUUUUUGAAUCUUAAUUACUCCUUUAUCUAAUAAAAGUUUCAUGUUCUAAUUAAUUAGAAAUGCAAUUGAAAUAGAUUUCCAAUGUUGCAUAAACAUAAACCAUACUAAACAAAGCUGUUGUUACGUAUAGC